AUGAAAAAAAAAAUUCUCAAGGCCUGGUUAUUACAAGAAGUAGGGUUUUGUAAGGGCUUAACGACGCCGUUUGCGAGAACGCCGCCGCCUGGAACCCCGCCAUCGACGUAUCCGGCACCGGAAAAAGAUAUCAUGGGGAAGAAGGUUAAGUCCUCGAAAAGGAAAAUCAGAGAACACGAGUCAGAAGCUACUGAAGUUUUGUCUGAAAAAACUCUCGAAAAUAAAGAUGGAGACGUGAUAGUUGACUUGAGUGAACCAACCAUGGGUGAAAAACUUGCGAGCCUCAACCUGGAAGAAAACAAAGAGGCUAUGGACAAUAAUAAUGCAGGAGUUUCUCCUGAUGCAAAGCCACCUAGUGCAGACUCGAUUUAUGUCUUGCUCAAGCAGGCGCUCAGAGCCGAAGACCGAGCACUCCUCAUAGAUUGCUUAUUCAGACAAGAUGAGAAGGUAAUUGCGAAUUCGCUGUCACUGCUGAACCCUGCAGAUGUUGGCCAGUUAUUGCAGUCUCUUGUACCAAUAGUCCAUUUGAGGGGUGCUGUAUUGGCCUGUGCUAUUCCAUGGCUAAGGAGUUUACUUCUUCAACAUGCAGGCAGCAUAAUGUCUCAAGAAGCUUCUUUGGCGGCUCUAAACUCUAUAUAUCAGCUCAUAGAGUCUAGAGUCUCCAAUUUUAGCCACACUCUUCAACUAUCGAGUUACUUGGACUUGCUGUAUACUGAGACGAUUGAUGAUGAAAGGGAGGAGAAUGAUGUGGUGGCACCUGUAAUAUAUGAGGACGAGGAUGAAAGUGAUGAAGAGGGAGUUGAUGAAGAUUCUAUGGAGGUCGAAAGUGUUGAAGAUGGUGAAGAAGUGGCUCGUGUGUACAGUGAUAUUAAUGAUGAUGAGGAAAAUGGUGAGAUUAGCGAAUGA